AAUUGUCACACAGAAGCGCAGCAGGUUGAAAAACAGAAAGACUAAGGACAAAAAGGAAGCAUUCACUGAGGAAUCAUCCACACAGAUUUCAAUAUGCCAAACAACAAAAAGAAGCAGAAGAAAGUUAAACCUACCAAAUGAUGACUGUAAUGAUGAAAGCGGUUUAAUGGAGAGCGAGUGUGACAGGAUGAAGGUAAAUGGUAAUGGAGCGUUGCCUAUGUUGAGGAGACAGAAACAGAAAACGAAGAAUUCCAAGAUUGAGGGAGGUGAUGGGAUGGAAGAGUCAACAACAAAAGCAAGUGGUAGAAGUGGCUUAAGGAAGAGAAAAUGCCGCAGCGUGAAGGAAAAUUCUAAUGAAGCUGGCCCUAGUUUAAGGAGGCAGAAACAGAAAGUAAAGAAUUCCAGGAAUGAGAAUUGUGCCGAUGUUGAAGAGUUGACACCAAAAACAGAUGACGAGGAUUUGACUGUUGAAGAUCUACUGAGCAUAGCAGAAGAGUAUGCUGGUGAUUCUGAUGAAGAUUUGACCGUUGAAGAUUUACUGAGCAUCGCUAAGGAGUAUGUGAAUGAGAAUGAGCAAGCUGCAUCAGGCAAAGAAAGAAGUUGUCCAAUAGAGGAUGCUAUUUCCAUGUCAAUAGGCUCAUUAAGUUGCACUGAAGUCGAAAAUCAAUCUUUGAGAAGAGAAGAAAGAAAUUCUGAUUGUAUUUCAAUUCAGACAACAAUUGAAGAUGCUCCUCCUAAGCUUAACAUGUCCGAGAAUCCUACUCAAGACAUGUUAGAUGUGUUUUUGGGCCCUUUGUUGAAGAAAACUCAUGAGGAGAAGAGAGUUGAACUAGUUAGAGAAGACAUGAUGAGUUUAGCUCACAAUCUAAACAAGAAAAACCAGAGCGAUCCUUCUGAGGGUCAGCCAGUUUUGGUAAAGAAGAAAAGCAGUCUCAAGGACAAGGUAGCUCUGCUUCUUGACUAAUAAUUGUGAAGGUAACUAGGUAGAGGAUUUGGAAGAAUAAACUUGAUCAAAUAUAAUUUAUCUAAUUCACCCAAGCAUUCACUUGUUUGCAUAUAAAUCCCACGAGAGAGUAUUUGUUUAUUUGUAUAUUCUUCAUAGUAGUAUUUUCUUUAUCUCAUCAUUGUACAGUAAUUAUGAGAACUUGAUUCCCAGGUAUACAAAAGAAUGUUUUUCCACGGAAA